GGCCGCGCGUCAGCAUCGCGCGCCGGAGGUGCGGUGAUCGGUGCGGUGAUCGGUGCGGUGAUCGGUGCGGUGUGUGGUGCGGUGUGUGGUGCCGUGUUCGCCGCCACCGGGUGAGGCGAAGCGCGGGAGCCGCCGCCGCCGCCAUGACCUCCGCCUUGGAGAACUACAUCAACCGUACUGUUGCAGUAAUUACUUCUGAUGGAAGAAUGAUUGUGGGAACCCUUAAAGGUUUUGAUCAGACCAUUAACUUGAUCUUGGAUGAAAGCCAUGAACGAGUGUUCAGUUCUUCACAGGGAGUUGAACAAGUAGUGCUGGGAUUAUACAUUGUAAGAGGUGAUAAUGUGGCUGUCAUUGGUGAAAUUGAUGAAGAAACAGAUUCGGCUCUUGACUUGGGGAAUAUUCGAGCAGAACCUUUAAACUCAGUUGUGCAUUGAAAAGAAAAUAUACAGGGACCUUGUAAAUCUUUGGUUGUACAGACCUAUGUAAAAACAUGGAUGAUUUUUGCAAAUUGUGUUUCAUUUGUUUAGUCACCGGUUUUUUAUUAUGAAUAUGUUGUAGUUUUGCAUGUAAAUUAAAAGUUUCUACGUUUUACUAAA